CAUGAUCUAAAAGUUGCAAGGAGAGAAAAACCAAGACAGAGUAGAUGUAGUAGAUUUGACAAAGAACUUUGAAAACAUUCAUAUUGUCUAAGAAUAAAAUGAAAAAAGAGGGCCAAUUUAAUUGAUGAAUUCAUUUUGGAAGUAGUAAUUUAAUUUCAUUAAAUUUGAAACCUAUAAACUAUGUCUCUCUUUAUUUUUAACCAAAUUCAAAUUUCUCAUUUAAAACGUAUUUAUAACUUGA